AUGUCAGGAGGGACUGUUAUGGAUCACAUCACGUCUCUUCCUCAUCAGAAUGAACAAAAUGUUAUUCGUCAUCUAACAAAUUUUGCAGUUUUCCUUUUCUUAGUAAAAACACCAGCUUCUGGAGAUGCGGAUAUUAAAAAGAAGGAAGAGUCGAUCAUGGAGCUUGGGAAUAUGUUAGCCAAGAACAAGCAGACGGAAGAGCUACGCAAGGUUCCCUUUUUGGACAUCAAAACAUCGAAAUCUGAUCUUUUCCGGUGCUAUCUCGCUUUUCAGAUGAUUGAACAGACUCGUCCUUUUCUUGUUUCAUUGGGGAAGGCUAAAGCUGCAAAACUAGUGAGGAAUCUGGUGGAUCUUUGCCUUAUGAUUGAUGACCAGGAUGGAGAUAUCAAGAUUGAACUUGUUCGCGAAUGUAUCCAGUGGGCAAUGGAUCAGAAUCGUACCUUUCUCCGUCAAACUCUUGAAGCUCGUCUGAUUCGUCUAUUCAAUGACCUUCACAGAUACACAAUGGCAUUGCCUCUAGCUGCUGAUCUUAUACGUGAGUUGAAGAAAUUAGACGAUAAGGAUGUGCUUGUGGAAGUGGAACUAGAAGAAAGCAAAGCAUUUUACCAUCUUGGAAAUAUCGGUAGAGCUCGUGCUGCCCUCACUGGCGCUCGUACCACCGCCAAUGCAAUCUAUGUACAACCGAGAAUGCAGGCAUUGCAAUCUCUACAAUCAAAACUCGUGCAAUCACAAUCUGCACGAGUUUUGUUACUCCUUGUAGUGCCUGGACAUAUC